AGAAGCGACCUGUCAUUAAGCGACAGGUAACACCUUCGGUCCACACGUCCUCGAACACAGACAUGUUUUUGUGUUGUUUGUUUUUGACGUCAGGCAGACAUAAUACUGUCAGCUUAUAACGCUUAUAACACCUGAUGCUGCUGCCCGCAACAACAACAAAAAAAACACAAAGAAACGGACCGCGCGUAAGAAAUGAAAUGAGGGUAUACUCUUUCAGGUUUGGAUGUGUGCUGGCUGCCGCGUGCUUCGUGUCGCUCACUUGGAUUAAAUCGAUGCCCAGUGAUGAAGAGGUACAGCCACACCUGCAGACCCUGUAUGAGCGCCUGCUGGUGGCUGAGGAGUUGGGAGGGCAGGUCAGCAGGGAUCUCAGCAACAUCCUGGAACAACUGAGAAAUAUUUCUAAACCUGCCAACAUCACCAGUAACAUCACCAGCACCGCCAACACGACCACCACGACAACCACGACCACCACCCUCUUUGCAACAAUAAGGGAGUCCAGAUUGGGUUCCGGCCAACAGGCGUUCCUUCAGCCCAACAUUUACAUCUACAUGCCCCACCUAAGACAACACCCAGACAGUCUCAAGCCCAAUGUAGCCCUAGGACAGGGACGCCGUGGAGUGUCCAUAGUAAUGGGAAUUCCUACAGUGAAGCGUGAGAAACAGAGCUACCUGGUUAGCACGCUCGGGUCUUUGCUCUACAGCCUGACUUCCUCCCAACGACAAGAUCUGCUUAUAAUUGUCUUUGUUGCUGAGACCGACUCAGACUAUGUGGGCAGCGUAUCAGAGACCAUCAGGAAGAAUUAUCCCAAAGAGGUGCAGUCUGGGCUGGUGGAGGUGGUGUCUCCGUCACAGUAUUACUACCCAGACUUCACCAGCCUCAAGGAGACCUUCGGAGACUCCAAGGACCGAGUCAAAUGGCGAACAAAGCAGAAUCUAGACUUCAGCUUCCUCAUGCUUUAUGCUCAGGACAAAGGAACUUACUAUGUUCAGUUAGAGGAUGACAUCGUUGCAAAGGCAGGUUACUACAAUGACAUGAAGACCUACACUACCCAUGAAGCUUCCAAGCAAUGGCUCUACCUGGAGUUCUCCCAGCUUGGAUUUAUAGGCAAGAUGUUCCGAACCUCUGACCUCCCGAUGGUCGUGGAGUUCUUCCUGAUGUUCCACAGGGACAAACCCAUCGACUGGCUGUUGGAUCACAUUCUGUGGGUCAAAGUUUGCAACCCAGAAAAAGACGCAAAACACUGUAAUGAGCAGAAAGCACUGCUCAAGCAGAGGUACAAGCCGUCCCUCUUCCAGCACGUCGGCCUGCACUCCUCUCUGCCGGGAAAACUGCAGCAGCUGAAGGAUAAGGACUUUGGGAAGCAGGCGCUGUACCAGGCCCACAGUAAUCCAGCUGCAAAGGUGAGCAGCAGCCUGAAACAUUACCAGCAGCACAGCCUGGAAAAGGCUUACAAAGGAGUGGACUUCUUCUGGGCGUUAACACCCAUCAAGAAUGACUACAUCCUCUUCAAGUUCCUGCAGCCAAUCCGAAUAUCCGGGUACCUGUUCCGCAGUGGAAAUAUUGAGACCAGUGGAGACAGAUUCCACAACACCACAGUGGAAGUGCUGUCCAGCAAUGCGGCAGCACGAGAUAAACUAAAGCACGAUUUAUCCCAAGAAUCUGAUAACGGCUUCAUCAUUAUUGGUGCGUUUGAGAACGGGAUAGCUGAGGGUGAGAUUGCAGAAGAGCUGCAGCCGAUCUCAGAGCUACGCCUGGUGGUCCACUCUGAUGCUGACGUCUGGGCUCUACUGAGCGAGAUACUCAUUAAAGUUUGAUGACCACAGAAGAAAGGAAACACAGUACACCAUUAUCAAGCCCUGCGCUGCUGGACAAAGACUUUCACUAUGGGACUUAUACAUUUUAUUUUAUUUUUCACUUUUUUUACAAGGAUUACAUGAAGUGCCUAAAGACUGAUGGACGAGGAUCCAUGCUGAAUGUUUGUU